GCUGCGGGGAAUAGACGCGAGAGAGAGAGAGAGAGAGAGAGAGAGAAAGAGAGAGCUGAGAUCAUUCGGCCGGCAGCUAGUGUCGAGGUCGAUUCCGACCCAGGUCUCAAGUAAUUAUUACAAUGUCUAGUACAAAGGUUGGAAUGCAAACACAUACUAUGUCGUCUUCAGAGAAAAAGCAAGGAUCAUCCACGGUGAAAUCUGGAUCCGAGUCAAAGCCAAGAAAGAAAAUCUGUUGUGCUUGCCCUGAGACCAAGAAGCUAAGAGAUGAGUGCAUUGUGGAGCAUGGUGAAGAAGCUUGCACGAAAUGGAUUAAUGCUCAUCUUGAGUGCCUUCGUGCAGAGGGCUUCAGUGUUUGAAAUUGAUGAAGUUAAUUUAGUUGAUAUCAAACAGAAAAUGAAAAAGUUUUGGAUUGAUUGUUAGUACAAAAUUUACUAAGGGCCUCUGUUCAUAAUCAUAGAGAAUUUCUUUCAAUGAAAGUAUAGGAAAAAAAAUAUCAUAUUUUUGCUGGCAGUCUCAUCAACCUAUUCAAACUAAUUAAGUUCUUAAUCUGUUGCUUUGUUAUAAAGACAAUAUCCAAAAUGCUUUUACAAGCAGGAAUGCAAGUCCCCAACAUAUUUUGAUUG